AGGAACCGUUUGCGUGUACUGAAUAUGUUGAACGCCUUGCGAGCACAAUUGAAGGAGGUGGGACUAAGGGAGGAGAAGAAUCAUUUGAUCCGAAUAAACUUCACAGUUUCUUUGUAAACUCAAUACAUCAACUGCAAUCGCUUGACAAGUCAAUUCAAGGCCAAGUUAAUAAACUGGAAGAAUUAUGUGCCAAGGAAGAGAAAGAACAUAAAAGUAGAAUUGUAGGAAUGGACGAUGACACCAAGGUAAUCCACAGUUUUAUAGAGGCAUGGAUUUUCAAACCCGAGCAUAAAUUUCCGUCUUGCUCCUAAAGUAUGACAAACUGCAAUUUAAGAACAGCUGUCAGUAAACGUAGACUAACUGUACAUGCAUGGUACAGAGUAGUAUAUAUGCAGUAGGCCUAGGCCCCGGCUCUUUGUUGAAUAAAAUCAUUUAUCGAAUCGAAUAGGGUGAGGCGGUUUUUCGGUAAACCGAAAAAACCCGAUGUCUUUUGAAAACCGAAAUACUCGAUGUUACUUUUGGAGAAAAACCGAAAAAAACGGGAGGAAAAGGAAAACCCCCGAAGAAAAUUCGAUAUUUUACUAAAAUCGAACCAUACUUAUAGAGUUUGUUGCAAAUGAAUCAAGUUUUGGCAUUUACACACGAAAAACUAAAGACAUUUUGUUUGAAAUUUGAUAACGUCUUCAAAAUACCUUACGUGUAAUAUUUUGCGUGAGUACCGAGUAGCGUGUUGUGUCUUUUUUUACCGUAGUUUCGAUUUUCGAACGUAUUUUUUUUUUAAAACCGGUUCACUCGGUUUUUUCUGGGUUUUUUGGUCGGUUUUCGUUUUUUUGUAGAAACCGCCACACGCUAGAAUCGAAUUUAUUUUCCUAAGUAUUUAAUAUUUCUACCUCUGUAAAGGCCGAUUUACACCGUAUAUAUACAACUUUGUCUAAAACUGUCGCAUGCAACCUGCUUACAACUUGAGUUUUUAAUGUGUAAGUCAAGCACACAACUCACUCAGGGAUGGAUUUAUAGGGGGAGUGCACAGGGGUGCGCACCCCUGUUGGCCUUGGUCAACAGGGGUGCAAGGGGGGUGCCAAAAAAAUCAAAUUCAGAAAUAUGGCACAAUUUCCAAGGUUUUUCCUUUUUUGAAGUCAUACUGAAGCUCAUAAUUCAAUGCCCAUAUCGCAGGAAAUGGCAUUUCUAGGGUUCUAAUUUUCAAAAUGUUCCGGAGGGCAUACCCCUGGACUCCCUAAGGAGCUUACGCCUUGGCGCUCAAGUUGUUAGGAAGCCGCCAAUUCAUUUGAAUGCUCCCCACCACCCCGUAAAGAAUUAUAAAGGAACACUCGGCUGCUCACCGAGCACCCCCUAGAAAAACUUUGCUGGAUCCACCCCUGAACUCACUUACGACAACGUAAGUGAAUUGUGUAUACUUGAUUUACAAAGUACAACUCAAGUUGUAAGCAGGUUGCAUGCGACAGUUUUAGGCAAAAAUUGUGUAGUUAUAAUUCGGCCUUGAAAUUCAACCUGUCGGCGGGGAGGGAGAGAAAUAUUCAUUCCAAUAGUUGUUUCAAAUAUUCAUAUCUUAACAUUGAUAUUCCUGCCGUCAAUAUUCAUAUUCCUAGCCAAGAUAUACGUCCGUAUUCAUAUUCACACUACUUCACAACCCAGUCUUCGAUAUUCAUCUUCCCCGAAAUUAUACAAGCUUAAUUUAUAGAGAAGUAACAAUACUAAUAACAUGUAUUAACUUUAGUAGUUUUACUACAGAAUUUUACUUCAUCAUUGCUUUACUAGAUGAUACUGUAUCGUGGCUUUUUAUUGCACUCAUUAUAUACAGUACCAUUCUGGAUAUUUUGUAGACGGCAACAAAAAUAUUUCACCAGCUUGAUGAUCGUAUUAAUUCUGUUGCAACGAAAGUUGUUCAUCUUGGAGAUCAACUUGAAGGUAUUAAUACGCCCAGACAGAGAGCAAAGGAUGCUUUACAGCUGAUGAAAUACUUCGACGAAUUCCUUGUGGCCGAUACACCCACCUCUUCCGUAUUUCAAGACCAAGCCAGGGUAUUUAUAUAGUUUUAUGCUAUAGGUUUAUAUAAAAAUGUACCUGUUUUUGUCUAAUAUUUUACCUCCUCGGUAACUAACUAACUAUACUGUCUUGGGGUUUUUAAGGCGUUGUUAUUUUCGAGUUUUUGUUUUAUAUUAAUAUUAUUUCAAAAACUGAUAUAAGAAAGUUAUUCAUGUAAAAUACCACUCCUGUCGCCAGAGCCACUUUCACUCGGUCACUUGUUGAAAAUUAGGCUCUGGGUUAGACAACAAAAGGGAGAGUCUGAUUGGCUUCUCAGAGAACUGCUAUUUCGCAGAAGUUGACCAGUUUUCGCUAGGCAAAAUUAUUCUAUCAACAUAUGUCAAGACAAAUACUUCAAUGUGAAAAUUGUGGUGGGGUGCUAAAGCGUCCCAAUUCAAGAGCUUUCGCUUCUUUAGGAACUACAUUACUGCAAGUUUUCUUGCACUUCCGGUUCCGUAUGUCCCAGGGCCUAUGGAGGCCGAGAGGCCCUGGGGACGAGGAUGGUAAAAUACGGGCAAUCUGGUUCCCCGAGUCUGCGAUCCUCGGGAAGGAACGUGAGGCUCUGGGAUAAUCCAUUUCCGGAAGCCAGGAAUCCUGGCUAAGACUGAACUGCGCAUUCCAUUUCAACGGCGAAUCAGAUUCCUUCCUGAAACGGAUUAUCCCAGAGCCUCAUGUUCCUUCCCGAGGAUCGCAGGCUGGGGGAACGAGAUUGAAAUACGAGAUGAAUGAUAGAAAGAUUGAGAUACUGAUAAGAGCGGUUUGAGGUACUGAUGAGACGAUUUCUAUAUAUUAAGUAGAAUAAAAAGUUUUGACCUUUGUUUAAAACGUUGUACAGUAUGGAUCUCCUUGGUUAUUUCACAGAUACAUGAAGCAGCUAACAUUAUCCAGAAGCUACACCAAAUAUCGCAAGAACUUUCAAAUGAUAAGUACGUACAUAUACGUUUACUUUUUGUGAACGAUUCUGGAUCGCACGGAAGAAAGACACGACUGUGCUCAUAUAUAGUUUAUUUUAUUUCAUUCAGAUUUGAAGAGGUGAAGAGUAACAUAGAAGGUAUUUUGUACAUUAUUUGGAUGUGCUUUCAGUUUUGGAUAAAUUAUUUGAGAAAAUUGUAAAAAUAAUGGCGAAUUCUAAUCGAAUUUAAAAAAUAAUAAAAGUUUAACACCCAAGGGACAAUACAUUAUCGGAUGCAUUAUACCUGUGCCCAAAUAAUCCCGGUCCCAUCAUGCACGUCGUUAAACAAAUUCUUACACACGUCGUUAAUUUUAAUUCUUCAGCUUAUUAUCAUAAGAUUGAAGAUCAGUUGAUUGCACUAUUCAAGAAUGCGCAUUAUGCAGGCGAAAUGGAGACGAUGAAAGCAUUGGCUGAAACUCUUCUACCUUUUAAGGUAUAUCAUUAAUCUCCUCCUUAACGUUUGCAAAAGGAAGUGUAUAGAACUGGGGAUAUAUAUUUUUAUGAUAUAGACAACUGCAUGCAAUCUGGUUGGCUCUCUAGUAGCAUGAUAUUAGCUUUUAUUACAUAAUCUCACAUAAAAUAAUAUAGACCAAUCACGAGUCUUUGAUAGAGUCACGUACCUGUCCGAUAUUCUACGAUGUACGCCGACAGGUGCCUAUCUGAUUUUUGGUCGCGCAAUCGUUCGAGCAAUCGCCUUUCACCUCUGAGAUAGCUGGUUAGAUUUUCGUUCCAAACUCGAGACAUUCAUGGAAAAGUCAACACUCUACCAAAAGUAGUGAAUUUUCUCCGUGUGCUCUGACCCUAACUGCCCCUUACACCGUAGCCGUGUUCCGUAAUUCCGUAAUCAGACAUGAGUCAUGCAUGAGGUGGCUGCCAUGCAGAGGCACCCUUAGAAAUCCUUCUACUCGAACAAGUUGAGGCGCGUUCUUCGCAAUUCAACUUAGCUCUCAGCUGGAAGUAAUGGUGAUUAGUCCCCCUUUUUGCCGUAAAUUUCAUGAAAAUUUGCUUAAUUUAUAGCCUAUGAAUGUUUUCAUGGUUAUAAAAUUAUUGUUACAUCUUUGUUACACCAUCAUUCAUGCAGCCGUCAGCAUUAUUGGAGGGGGACGGUUGCCCUGUCUGCCCCCCCCCCCUCCAAGUGUCCGCUUUUGUAUUUGCAUGAUAAAACCACACGUGUUUUCCAGUCCCAUUACAUGCUACUAAAUUACAAAUAAAGGUCUUGUAUAGUGCUGGUGAUGACUUCUAUCUUGUUACGUCUUUGUUCUAUCUUGUUACAUGCAUCUACUAGCAGAAAAACUCAAAUUCUUGAUUAUAUUUCUAGAAAUAUCAAAAAUGUAUCGAAGUAUUUAUUACCGAAAGUCAAAAGGUAUUUCAUCCAUUUUUGUUUAAUUUCCAAAGAUUUGGUUAUCUUUGUUAGUUGCUGCGUACUUAAGCAAAGAGAGAAUAGAUAAACUGGAUUCAUGCAUAACUGCUAAAAUGUUGGAAAACUGACACAUUGGCUAUUUGGAACCCCAUGCUAUGAAGUCACAAUUUUAUCAGCGUUGGAAUGCCACCAAGCUGAGAGGGGGCCAUACAUGUACCUAAUUUUUGUUACCAUGGUUUUUGUUUUCCUUAAUCGGUGCUAAUUGGACGACCGAGCCAGGUCCCCCCUCCCUCCCCUCCUGGCACCAGCUAGCCUUGUCAGUGGUGUACAUAAGGAAUAUGAACUCCAGUUUUACGCGUUUCUAGAGUCAGUUCAAUUCUCAAGACGUCUUUAAAGACGUAGUCGAGUUAUGUCGCAAUGUUAAUGGAUUAGUUAAGUCUGUAUUUGGUAUAAACGGAGAAAUGGUGAUGGGAAAACUUGUGCAAAACAUAUAUGAAGUUGCAAUUCAGGUAGGAGAUCAAUAUGGAUUUAUUCAGAGGAUAGUAUUAACGUUAAGAAAAGUUGUCAUCUUAUAUUUACGGAAAAUAUGUGGGUUGCAUUACAACGUUCUUGGAAUAUUCGCCAUAAAAUCAUAUACGAAAGUAAUAGUACAUUAUUCGUUCAAAGAAGCAUGCGUGUGUGCACCAGAAACUUGACGUAAUCGACGCCCUGGAAAAACGCAUCUUUCGGGUGAGCGUGCAAAUUAGUAAUUGUUAACUGGAACAAUAUAAAACCCUUUGCCUGUCUGUGAAUUGACUUCCCCAUACCUCCUAUUUAAAUGUUCUGAAUGGUUAAUUUCAAAUAAUGAUUGUGUUGUAGAAACAUGUUGAUCAUAAGCUUGAUGAAAGGCUGCAGCAAAAUGAUUCUUAUCUUGAAAACCUGUACAGAUUAUACAGCAAGUACGUAUAAUCUAGUUUCCAUGUACUUCAUUCCUAUUUUGCAUGUUCGAUCAAACGAGGCACAGGAAUGCAUAUAUUACCGUUUGCCUCCCCCGGGGGGUGGGGAGAUAGAAAAGAGAGUAUAGGAUGGAAAAGACAGUAGCAUGGAGGGGAAAUAAAAGUAGUUUUAAAAUUACUGGAAAUAGAAUUUUCAAAAAGUUUAGAGCUUUUCUUCAAACUACGCAAUUUUUGCUGUUCUGUUUACAAGAAUUUCAAUCUGAAAAUGCAGGAAAGCACUACUCUCUGACUGACUACAAAAUUUCCUUGGGCAGCAACUUCUCGGAACACCACCACACGGAUACCAAUGACACAAUCAAUUCGUCAUAAUGUUAAAUACGUCCAGUCUUAGUCAGGAUUGGAUAUAGUUACUACUGGGGUACUUUUUCCCCACUCCCUGGGGGAGUGAAGACUGACCAGGAGUGGCGAAUAAUACUCAGGUUUGGAAGCCCUUUUAAUCCGUAGUGAGGCGGGUGAGUGCAUGCGUAUCCAGGGGGUCAAUUAAUAAAAUAAGGGGUUGUUGAUAUUAAAACUUCCUAUUUUUAAUGAUUUAAUACCAUGCAUGACGAUCACAGUAUUUUUUUGGAUUUGAUGCAACACGACAUUUAUGACGUAUUUUGCAACACUCAAAACUAUUAUAAACACGAGACCGAGAGAUACUGACGUUUUGUUUUAGGACAAAAGAGUUGGGUAAGAAACUAUCUGACUACAAACUGGGAUCCGACUCGUCAUUUCUGCAUCGUUUACAGAAAAAUGUCUUCAGUAAAUAUUUGAACGAUUAUAUAAAGUAAGUGAUAUAUAGAAGUAAUAGGCUAUACCCAUUUUGUAGUGAUUGUGAGGUUUCAGUGUAGGUAUAGACGAACAGUGACGGAUAGCAGGCAUUGGUGGGUCUACUGGGAAGGGGGGGGGGGGAUGCAAACCCCUCGCAGCAUCCCCCUCAGGUGCUGUUCAAACCCCCUUUGGAAAGAGUUCUGCUAUUCUAUAUUAGGUUUAGAUUUCCCACUGGAUAUGUGGAUAUUUAUAUACUUAUUUCAUGUAGUUUGAUCCUGUAAUCCCUCAAGCGAUUAUUUUUUAGCAUGUGCAGACUGUAAUACGCUGUAGUAUACAAUAUGUUAAAACUCACGCAAUAGCUUUUCCCCGCUGAGUGCAGAGGAAAUAUAAUGCAGUAUAUACUCAAUCUUGGUAUAGCUUUACGGUAUUUUAUUAGUUAUCCUACGAGUAGCAACAGGAGCAAAUUUAAGUCAGUCCACAGCCUAGGUUACUGAUUGUUAUAUUAUUUAGGCGUGAACUGAAGUACUUAACUGAGAAGUGCGAGUUGCUGCUGUCCAGAUAUUAUGAAUCCAUUGGGCAUCAGAAGAGAGAGAAGGUGCAUGUUUCCGGGUACGUAUAAGUGAAGUACCUGCCAGAUUCUUAUUAUUUUCUCCUAUACUUUUACUACUUAAAAUUACUCUACUUUAGAUUUCUUUACCUUAUUUUACUGAACUGACUGAUUCAAAACGGAUGACAAAAAUAUUAUUAUAGUAAUUGACUUCUAAAUUCGAAUUUUAAGGUUUAACGAAUUUGUUCGACUGACUGGAUUGACACAGACAUCGCAACAGCAAUCUGAUAACACUAAAGAAACAUACCUCAACCAACAUGUUGCUGUCAGUCUUUUACUCGUGAAUAAAAAUUCCUUACGAAGAUGUGAGAUGGUAGGUGAAGAAUCGUCCUUAGUUAUGGGUUACCAUAGCAUUACAAGUUACGGCGACACUGUUGUUUAGAAACAUUUUGACAUCUCAAUUUAUAAAUUGACAUUUACAGUACUUAAAGUGUGAAGAGAGAUUUUAUAUUAUGCUUUAUUUUGAGAAACUUUCUAUCUUUAAAUAAUCCUAAAAAUAACUUUCAAUCGUAAAUAAACAGCGCAUUUGUUUCUCCGGAAUGUUCCGAUAUCCCUUCUUUGUUUUUCAACUGAGGAAAGUCAUUCAAACUGGUGUUGCAAGUAGGAAGUCUAUUGGUUCAAUCACAAUACACGUAUCUAUAAAGUUACUUAUAACGGGAUGAGAUAUAAAGAAUAGUCCUGCCCGCGGAAUUAUUUUUCUGUUGCAGUGCUGGAACCUUCGGGUAAAGCAACGCUUAGAAUGUAAUAGAUUUAAUCACAGUGGGCCCACCUUGGAAGUAUGACAAAAACACAGUGAUAUACAUAUGUAAUUGAUAAUUAUAAUUGUUAAACUUACUUGGAUUGCUCCGAAUAACCUUGAAAUUUGAACACAAAUAAAUCUUCCAAACACAUUCAACAAAAACGCGAAUUCUACACGAAGUAUAGACGAAAUUUGAGGUUGAAUGUAGCGCAGGCGCACGUUGAAGGCAAUUCAAGAAAAGGAGAGAGAGAAGAGAAAGGGUUGAAACAAAAUUCACGUGAUCGUUCGAUCUGUUCUACAAGUAGCCUUGUUGAAUGUGUUUGGAAGAUUUAUUUGUGUUGAAAUUUCAAGGUUAUUCGUAGCAAUCCAAGUAAGUUUUUAAACAAUUAUAAUUAUUAAUUACAUAUGUAUAUCACUAUGUUUUUGUCGUAUCGUCGAGGUGUGCUCCCUGUGUUUUAAUAUGAUACGUUGUUUGUAUGAUAUUGUUUUUCAAAGUAGUUUUUGAUAUCUUUCUAGCUAUGCAAGUCAUCAGAAUUACCAUCGUGCGUAUUUAACAUAUAUUCUAUUCUUCUGGAUAGUCUUUGUCGUGAACAUCUUGAUUACGCCCUUGAUAUAGGAUUACAGUGUAAGUAAUUUUGCUGAAAGUGUACACAAGCAGGGGCGUAGGAAGCACCUGGAGUUUGGGGGGCACCGGCUUGUAGGGGCACAUUACUAUCGGAAAGGGCACCUAAAAAAUUUUUCCCGGAAAUGUUGUCGACGGGGGGGGGGAGAAAUUUCUCCUGAGGAAAAUUUUCCGUCGUAUCAUACCGAAAUUUAUGUUUGUGACCUAAUUUUUAAAAAAAAUUUGUAAAUUUCCACACAAAAACGGCACCUAUUGUUUUAAUUUAGUAUUUACAGCGACAUUAGCUUCUACAAAAGGGGCACUUUUCCUCACAAAAAAGGGCACUUUUCAACACAAAAAGGGCACUUUUUAUCACAAAAAAGGGCACUUUUAGUCCUUUAAGAAAAUUUGGGGGGGGGGCACGUGCCCCCCGUGCCCCCCCGCUUCCUACGCCCCUGUACACAAGAUAAUAUCCAUCGGAAAAAUUUCGGCUCAGAAUUGACUCGACGUUCGUAUAAUCUUUUAUGUAUAUAAUCUUGACUAAUUCAAUAUGUAUAUAAUCAAUACUAAUUGACCGUAUUUCGGUAAACUUCACCAAUGUUAAUUGACUGUAUUUUAGUAAAUACAUUAGGUGAUUAGGAUAAUCACCUUGUGAAGAACUCCACUAAAGAACUCGCUCUUGUAUGUAAGUAACUCAAAAUAUUAAACGUAUACUUUAUGCACUCUUUAUUUUUUAAGAUUUACCAGGACCAGAACCUAAAUCAAUCCCAAAUUCAAGAUUUCUAGAGGUAGUUGACCAAGCUAACGCAAUCUUUCAUUUGUUGGAAAAACAUUUCAGUGAUGCUAUCAUACGACUUGUUGG